AGUCAUGUCCGAAAGAAAAGUUGAAAGAGUUGUUUCGUGAAUUUGUUUGUGGUUAUCUUGCAAAGCAUGCUCGUGCUAAAUAUUUGGUUAAAUUAAAAGAGGACCGUUCCUUUCUACGUUUUGAUGGUAUUGACGAAAUUAGCUCCCUUUGCCGUGAAUACAUAUAUAAAGAAGAAAAGAAAGAAUUGAACAGCGGUUUGGACAACUUUUUAAAAAUGUUGGUGUUAUUCGAAAAAAACAAGUCACUAGAGAGUGUUGGUCGUGGAAAAAGAUAUGGCAAAGAAUAUCUCGAGUAUGAAGUGAACAGUAGUGAAUUGUGGCAUUUACUUACAAGAAGUUAUUCAAUUAAAAGAAAUUCUCGCAUGGUAAUAUACGAACAUUUACUUAAAGAUUAUUACAUAAGAAAGAUACCUGUUUUGAAUCUUGUAAUAAUUUACACAUGAUUCUUGUUUUCUAAUGUUAGUUUAUUUUUAACUUUCCAGAGACAUAAGAAUUUUUGUGCGAAUCAUGGCGAAGCAUCUUCAGAUACAGGACUAGGUAAUUUUAUGCAAGUUUAUACUUGGUGCUGUUUUACAAAGACCCACUUUGCUAUCAGGGAUAAUUCUGAUGUAUUAAAACCAGUCACGGUCAUUACUGCAUGCCCAAAACUGUGUUAAGUUCCUAUCAUAAGAUUUCACAAAAAAUUACUAUUUUACUCUGUCUAACGCCAUUCUAUAUUACUUUGUCUAAUGCCAGGUGAUUUUACUCGUCAGACUUCCCAUGUGUAUAGUUAAAGGAUAGAGGAAUGCUUUACCCACUGAGUGCCUGUAGUGCUCUCCUCUUGACGAGAAAAAUCAUCUGGCAUUAGAAAGAAUUUUUGUGUCCUACAGGACCUACAAGUAACAUGGGCAGUUUCACAACGAUUUUUGUCUGGGGCUCAAUCUUCGACAAUAAUGUUGUGCCACCUGGGGUUUUUCCCUGCUAACCCUAUUCAAUGUUGGUACCUCAUGAGGUUCUCACUAUACCAAGGUUUUCACUAUAACAUUUUUAUCAACAUUGAGGGAGGGGGGACAGGACUUACAAGUAAUAUGUGGGCAGCGUCACAAUGGUUUUUGUCUGGGGUUACUUUGAGCCUGCCACGCAAGAUAGGUCGCACACCAAAUUGUAUAUUCUUUACUGAUACUUGUAAUAUCAUUUAAUUGUGUAGGGGUUUCCAAGUCUGAUGAUGCAACUGUUAAUGAGGUACACAAUGCACCCUAACUACUUUAUCAGUGCCCAUUGUGCCAUGCUAAAAAUGAGAGUUAUUAAAUGUCCAUUCUAUACAGGGAUGCGUUCUAUUAAGCCCAAUAUACCAAUGUUAUUAAUGUCACUGCAGCAUGUCAAAGUAAUUUAUUCAAGAAGAGGAUGAUCGGACUUCCAACGUAGCAUUUAAUAAGUAUACUCUAAGUCCAUUGCUUGUUCCAUACUCAUGCGUCAUGGUCAUGACGUGUUUCUCGGAAUACAAACACUUGCUUUCCUAUAUGAAAGUUAUGUAAUUUUGCACUGUCUGCAAUACGAAACGGGACUCAAUAUUGCAUUAUUGCAUUUAAAACUGAAUGGACAUUCCUGUUAAAAACUGAAUGGACAUUCCUGUUAACAUGAUGGUUAUAAUAUAAAUAAAUAACUAAAUAUAAAUAAACAAAUAUAUCGAAACAAACAAACAAACAAACAAACAAACAAACAAAUAAGCAAACAAAUAAAUAAACAAAUAAAUAAACAAGUAAAGAAAUAAGUAAAUAGAUAAACAAACAAACAAACAGAACGCCUUUGUCUAGCAUGGACAAUUUAAUGCUCAUUUUCACGGGAUGAGGCGGAUUUUGUAUUAGUACUAUGUUUAAUCCACCCAUUAGGCAUUGCACGUUAGACAGAUUUAGAAAAGACGACGCGACCUCAAAGACGACGUGGAUGUCGUCAUUUGGCGCCAACUAUCGUCAGCUUCUGGUUUGCGACGUCGUCUUGGACGAUUUCACGACGCGAAAAUACAAUUUUCACGUCCUCUCUAGAACGUCACAGAUUUUUGCUUCUUUUGAAAAAAAUAUGAGACUAUGCAUAAUAAAAAUCAUCCUAUUUUGCUCCCUAUGUAUUGUUUAAUGAUACUAGCUAAAGUUUUUCCAUUGACAAGGUCAGUUUUUCUUGUAUUUCGCUAAAAUUUGGACGUGUUGAUUUUCGACAAAUAGUUUCCAUCGCCAUAACAAAUCAACAAAACUGCAAGCAUUGUUAAUAACCACUUCAGUACCGCUAGUAAUCUUCACCAAAACAAACAUUUUAGAACAAACUAAACUGAAGUUAUAUUAACCAACUGUUUAAAAUCAGGAAAACUUGGGAAAAUAGAAGAAUAAAAGCACUUAAAAGCAGUAAAAACUCAAUCAAUUUUAGUUGCUCUGUCACAACAGUGCAAAAAGUAGGACAAGCAAAAAAACCCGCUUUCCUAUAAACUUGAUUGAAUAGGCUACCAAUAAAGCAUUUAGCUCGUAAACAAUACCUGCAGCUAUUGUAUUUAUUCCAAAUGAUGCAACAAAGUUCACUUUUCAAAAUACCGAAAUAUACGUCUUUUUCUAAAAAAGACUUAUUGAAUGUUCAUACUAAUUCAUCAGGAAACACUUGGCCAGUAUUACAUAGCCUUUUCUUGCACAUAUCUUGACAACUGAUUGAAAACAAUACAGGAAUGAACAGGUAACAAGAAAACAAAAAUUUGGUUCGGAAAAGACAAAUAAGCCGUCCCAGAUUAAAACCCGGAAGCACAGAAUAAGAAGGUACAGCAGAAGUGUAACUCAAGCAAGUAUUUGUCCGCGUUUUUACAAGCGAUUCGUCAUCAAUCACGCCAUCCUGGCUAGUACAACCGGCACUUUGUACCUACCAAAGCCUGAUAAAAACUUCCCGUUGUACUAGCCAGGAUGGCGUGAGCGAGUUAAAAUUUUCGUGGACGUAAAACAAGGAGACCGACUCGAGUUACACUUCUGCUGUACCUUCUUAUUCUUGUGCCGGAAGUGAACCCGAGGUGCAUACGUCAUUUUCACGUCGUCUUAGACGUCGCGUCGUGUUUUCUAAAUCUAUCUAGUAUAUCUGAAUGAUAAUAACGUGAAUAUUAAUUAACUCGCCAAACUAAUGGCAUUAAGCAUAUAUCAUAACAUCAAGCUUGACCAUUCGUCUCCAGACUAAGAUUAAAAAUCACAAUGAAAUAAAAUUGAAACUAACAAUGAACAUGAAAGGUUGCAUAGUUUUUUGAGGUUGCAUAAGACUGCAUAAUUGCUCAGGUUUUGACGCAAAUAAGACUCGGAAGUCAAUUACAUAUUUUGUAUAUUCACUAUAUACAUAAUUACAUGUGUAUGGCCAGCCUACUAUACAUAUUAUUUGAUUAUUGAUUACGUUAUAUUUAAUGAUCGAGUGUUGUUUUUGCGGUAAAAUAUUAAACUGUGGUCUUUUCUAACAUAAGUUAAUUAAUUUUGACUUUCCAGAAUCAUGAGAAUUUUCCUGUGAGCCAUAGUGUACCAUCAAGUGAACCAUAUUCAGAUACAGGAGGUACUUUUAUGCAAGUGUAUUUGGUGUACGUUUUUACAUGGACUUGAUUAUACAGUGUGACGGGCAUGCAGGUUGUUGCAAACUCAAAACUUCCAUAGGUUGUUUAAUUAAGGAGUCAUUAAUUUCAUCCUUGUUCCAGCUGAAAUUUUAACUCAGCCAGUGCUGAAACAUUUAAUUGUGAAACAAUUUUUAGCUCGGUUAAACCAAAAACACGCGAUACGCUGAAAACAUGAGAUCCAUCCCAUGGCCAUGUAAUCAGUCCGUAAUAUAGCUACACGUUCGUUUGUAUACGGUCACGUUGCGACGUUCCACUGAGAUAUAAAUAGUAAACUAGAUAUUUUAAUAUCUUUUGAUAUAGUGUCUCAAUCAGAUGACCAGCUCAUUGAACCG